UCGCAUGACUAGUAUCAGCUCUUGGAUGCUAGAAUAUAAAAGGACAUACAGUCUUCUCACACUCACACACCUUCCUGAGCAGGAAAGCAACAUAGAGUAGAUAUGAAGAUUCUUAUCAUUCUCCUGGUGGUGGGUCUUGCAGCAGCCAGGCCUGGACCUGUCGCAAAUCCUGAUCCUGAAGCUGGCAUCGGUGGAUUCGGUCUCGGUGGUCUUGGCUAUGGCCACGGAGGAAGAGGCUACGGUUUGGGAGGCCUUGGUUACGGCCUCGGAAACCUGGGCUACGGUGGUGGAGGGUAUGGGCUAGGCUAUGGCCCACGUUUCUUUGGUGGCUUCUACGGAUAAGACAUAUCCUUCAAAGUAAAAAAUGUCUCCACGUCUGGUAAAAUUAAAUGAUUCUCUAGACUUUGUACAAUACAUGUUCUCUUCGGCCAAUAAAUUUCUAUAGCAUUAAA